CCCAGCCUCCUCCCUCUCGGCUCUCUGCUGGCCUGUCUCCCUCUCUCCGUCGCCGGGUGCUGAAGUUGGGCGGAUGGCAGCGAGCCGGCUCCUCUAGAGGACGCAGCAGCCCAGCCUCGCGCACCCUCGGACCGACCGCGGUGCGCUCACCUACACCCCAGGCCACCCGCCAGCUGGGUUCUGAAGCAGCUGAAAUGAGAAAACGGCAGCAGUCCCAAAAUGAAGGAACCCAGGCUGUGUCUCCAGCACCCGGAAACCAGAGGCCCAACAACACCUGCUGCUUCUGCUGGUGCUGCUGCUGUAGCUGCUCCUGCCUCACCGUCAGGAAUGAGGAGAGAGGAGACGGUGCGGGGAGAUCCACACACACCACAAAAAUGGAGAGCAUCCAGGUCCUAGAAGAGUGCCAGGACCCCACUGCGGAGGAAGUCUUGUCCUGGUCUCAAAAUUUUGACAAGAUGAUGAAGACUCCUGCGGGACGCAACCUUUUCCGAGAGUUCCUCCGAACAGAAUACAGCGAAGAGAACCUCCUCUUCUGGCUAGCCUGCGAAGACUUGAAGAAAGAACAGAACAAAAAAGUGGUUGAAGAGAAGGCCAGAAUGAUUUACGAGGACUACAUUUCUAUACUGUCGCCGAAAGAGGUCAGCCUGGAUUCUCGAGUUAGGGAGGUGAUCAACAAGAACCUGCUGGACCCGAGCCCUCACAUGUAUGAAGACGCCCAGCUCCAGAUCUAUACCCUGAUGCACAGGGAUUCUUUCCCAAGAUUCUUGAACUCGCAGAUCUACAAAGCCUUUGUGGAAAGUACUGCCAACUCUUCUUCUGAAUCGUAACUUUCAUGGGAAAGGCCAAAAAAAAAAAAAAUCACUUCAGAGGGCUGGGAUGGGAAAUAUAAGUAGUUAAAUGACACCAGAAAUUGAGUUCCUGGAGAACUACAGGUUGGCACCCUCGGGCUGCUGGCAAGAGACAACCAUGAGGGUCUUUGUCUCCAUUUUUAAUCAAGGUUACCCAUGAUUCUGUUUGGAGAAAAGUCUAUACGAGACAGUGAAUUGCCAAAUUAAGUUUGUUUAUUCAACACUUGUUCUCCUUGCAAGCAAACUGUGUUCCUAGUCCUCUGAGCAGUCUCCUAGUGCAUCUCCAGAGGCCGCAUGUGCAAAGUACAACUGCUUUGUCUGCCACUUAGCUGUACUAUUUCCUCAGUAGCAUACCUUAUAUCUGUAAUUAAGGACUUUUGUGCAAUAUGGUCUCUUAGAAACAAUCGCCAACAAAUUGGCUGUGGUUUGCAUUUUUUAAGCAUAAUCUGAUACAAAAAAAAGGCUAUUUUAAACAUGUAACAGUGAUAUUUAACCAUGCUACAUACUAUGUUUAGUACAGGGACUUUGAAGCCAAUUUUUCUGUACAUGGAAAGAAAAAGUUAGCUGACCAUCUCUGCCUGUGGAUGGGUCUUAGUCUGAGAGCCCUCUGGUUGUUCACUGCCCAAACUCUGGAAUUUUCAUUACAGCAGAGUUUGCUCUGUUUUAAAAAAGAAAGAAAGAAAGAAAACAACAACAAAACCUAACAGUGAUAAGAAAAAUUUAAAAAGCACAAAAUCGGCUGAAGAUACCCUGUCUCGUUGAAAAAUCCAAGAGUGAUACUCUUUUUAGGUAUUUCAUACAAGAAGAAAUGAGUCUAUGUAUAUAUCAAAUGUCCAAUACUAUAACUAAUUUAUUAAAGAAUGGCUCUCCAGUUCUAAAUUAGUCAUGUAAAGUUAUGUAUGUCAGCAAGAAAAUAAUAAUGUGCUUGCUGAUCCAGUUUGGGACUAUAAAGCAAAAGAUCUAGUGAGGAAUGCCUACGUGUAGCACUGUGAAAACAUCUCGAGGAAUUGCAUCUGGCAUGUGGCAUAUUUGCCUUGAACGUAUAAUCCAGUGAAAAGUUUAAGUUUUUCCUAAGCCAACAUUUUAUAAAGGGUUAUGAAGAAGAAAAUCUCCGAUGUCAGACCUUAACUGUUUUCAUGUAGUAUCUCAAGAAAGAUUUAUUUUAACAUUGUUAAAAACAAUUAACCCUCAUCCACAAUUAAAAGGCAGUACAGUGCUCAAAUAUUUUAGCUGCCAAUAUUAUUUUUUGUAAUUACAUUAACUCUUUACAUGAAAUACUCACUUGACCCUGGCAUGUAUUUCUGACCUUCAGAACAGUGUCGUAUUGUGCACAAAACCAAAAUUACAAUCAAUUUCAUAUUUAUAUCAAGGUCUUAUCUUUCAAUAUCAAUAUCCCCUGGAGACUAUUUUUUUAAUCUUAAACUCAAUGAAUAUAAUGUUGAGUAAUCUAAAAAAAUGGAAGAUUUAAAAAGAUUUAUAUCCACUGAGAAUACUGGCCUUAUAUUAAGGAUGAUAUUUAAUUAUAGGUUUUAUUUGUCAUUUUUUAACUACCUCUCAUUUUUAAUUUAUUAAACAUAUUUUUUUAAAAAGAAAAGUUUGGAGUUUUCUUUUUAAAUUUAUGUUACUUGAAAGGUUGGCAUCAUGUUUCUUUUUCCAUAAAUUUAAAACAUUUCAAGAAUUGUUUUUUAAGUGAGUAUGAUUUUCUAACUUAUAUAGAAUUCAGGAGCUAUGAUUAAAAGGGCUAUUACCUAUUCCCUAUGCAAAUAUUUUAGCUGUUGCAGUGUUUGACGAAAUGGGAUUUUAAAGACAAUUUGCAGAGUCGAAAACUAAGCGUUCUGUUUACACUGGCGUCGCUGACUAUCCUACCAUGUUCAGCACUUUUAAAUACAUUAUUUAUGAACACAUAGUUAAAGUGCAGAUAGAAAGUAUUUAUAACCGUCAUCUUUUAACACAUGCCUGUGUUUCUUUUUCUGAAAGUCUUAGUGUAUUUAAGAUGUGCUUUAUUCAUGUCACCUAGAUAUUUACUAUUUGAAUAGUUUCAGUAAUACGUUGAGAAAAAGAUAGUUAUGAAGAUGUUUACAGAAAAAAAAUCCUAUUUUUUUCCUAAAGAGUCAAGAAAUCUUAAAAGGGGCAUCGUUGCUUCUAUUGUGAAGUCCCAUCAUUCUGAAUCAUUUAAUUAUUUUCUUGAUUAGUUUAUUAUGCUCCUAGGAGUGUACACAUAUAUAGUAUGGCAUCAUACGUGUUUCUGUGUUUGAGGCACAAUGAAUUGGUGCACGUACCAGGAGAUAUGUAAAAUACUAUGACUCUCUGCAUGCACAAUUGUUUUUGAUGUAGACUUUAUAUUCCUGUUGUUACUGUGGAUGCUGGUGACUUACUCUCAUAGGUUAUCUUUACAAGAUGCUUUGGACGAUUAGGUGAGUUGUCUGAUUGACAAUGCAGCUAAUAUUUUACCAAAUGUAGAAGUUAAGGGCCUCCAUAACGAGGCCUCGUCUCUAACCUGGGCAUUUGCCAUGUUUGCAUUUCAAAGUUGCUGUGUCUUUUUGGAACCCCAGUUAAGAAGUUUCCCUGAGAAGGUUCUAGAGCACAUUUGCACAGUUCGUGUCAUUAGCCAGGCCGUGUGAGCAGGUCUGCGCUAAAUUCCUAUUUCAGGGGCGAGGGUUCCUGACUUCAUUCCAGAAUGUUUCAAGUUUGGAAGGGUGUGUCUGUGGAUUUAUAACUAUACCAGUUUUUACAGUACGGUAUGAUUUCUUCAGUUUCAAUCACAGAGCUAUCAUAAACAAACAAAAGCCCUCAACUGGUGUCUCUGCCACCAUUUCAAGAGCACAACAUUUGCUUUAUUCAAUUUUGAUUUCAUCCCUAGCGAGUAUAUAGCUCCCUGGGGAAAAUACUAGCACUUUAAAAUGAAGCACCUUGUGGUUUAAAUUGCCAAGAUAACUUUUUAUGUUCUUAGAAUCUGCGAAUACACAGAAGAGGUUAAUGCACUUUCUAUAGUACCUGUCUAUAGACAUAUCUAUUAAGGAAAGAAAAGUAGGUGAUGUAGAUGAUGUAUACAGAGGUGACUUGAAAACAGAGGUCUUGAGAGGUGGAUCUUCCAAAUAGACAUGCUAACACUGGAUGGAUGACUCUUCUCUUUCUGGCUUAUUAUGAUGUUAUCCAGGGUUAUCACAGAUGCUCUGACAGUAUGACAAGGCACAUAGGAAUAUGAGCAAAACAGGAUUUUGAUACUGAAAUUGUGAAAUGCAAAAGUCAAAAUUAUAAUAUGGUCUUUAAAAAAUUCAUACAAUAUUUAUAUAUAACCAGUUUUCACAGUGAGUCGCCAUGCCUGGAUUGUUUAUUAGUGCCCUCCAAUGCCUCCUAGUAUAAAGUGUGUGCUACAUUUAUUUGAUAGUUCAGUGUCAAAGGACUAUAGAACUAGAUAAAGGCUUAUUUGUUGAAAACAAAUACAUGUCUCUCCCUAUUGUGAUGGUUUAAAAUAAUACUUGAAUUUUAAUUUAAGUCUAUUCUUUUUUUUCUCUAUAAUUUUUUAAUCUUCUCGGAAAAAGUCACAUUGUAAUUGUGGAAACCACACUCAAAACAAAUAAAAAAAUCAGGUGCUUUGGUGAAGAUUUUUAAAUGGAAGAAACAAAAUUAACCAUAGGAAAAUAACCUUUUGAAAAACCACCAAUUUGUUUUUAAACAGCUAGAAGAUAUACUUAGAACCCGACAUAACAUGGAUUUUGAAUACUUUAAGAUUUAUGUACUAUUUUGAAAUAGGAAAGAAUGUCAAAAGAUUGGCUUACCUAUCUAUUUGGAUUGCCAGUUAAUGACCAAUUUCCAAAGGAAGUCGAUUAUUUGGGUAUUCUUUUCUGUUUUUAAAUAUUCAAUGUUAAUAUACAAUGCCAUCCUUAGAAAGGAGUAUCCCACGUGUAAUCAUUUUAAUAAUUCUUCACUUGCCACAACUGCCAACAUUUACCACUAAAACAUCUGAGACCGUACUUCAGAAUGUAUCUGCAAGAUUUUAAUAUCAUUGCAACACACAGUGUGCAUUGAGAAGUAUUGGCUCCCAGCAGCAAACUUUGAGUUUUGUGUAUGUUUAGAAAAAUAUUACUCUUACAGAUAUAGUCCAACACAGCCGUAAGUGACAUGUUUUCCCCAUCAGUUUAAGUGAAUAUUCCAGACCAUCAUUUCUAGUGAGAACACAGAGGAAGUGGGUGUUGCCUUAGUUGGGCAGAUGGGGCUGGGGACUCAUUCAAUUCUUGUGACAAAGGCUCUGCAUUGGGGAAAGCAGGUAUCAAAAGUACUCAUAAUGAUAACCAACGUUUUAAUGUCAUGUGGACAACCUGAAGUUCAAGUCCCCCUCAUGUCUUGUGCCAAAUGUUUUCUGUUGCACGUUUUUCUGUUGAUGUAUCCCUUCAUUACAGCAUUUCAGCUUUUUAAAUAGUUAGCGAUUUGAGUUUUAAACCGAUAAUUUAAUUGUCUUAGGCUUGGGCACAUCUCCUUUUGCAAUGACCAAACUGAUUUCAACUGGUAUCCAGAGAUGGUAGAAAAGUCACUAUCCUUUCUGAAUCUGUCUCUUCAUCCGAACAUGAAGAAUAUUAAUUAUGGGGUGGUCAUGGGAACAAUGGUAUUGAGUAUGAUAAUUUAUCAGAGUUCUGCAGGCCAGUAAUAGUCUAUAGGAAGGUCUAUAGUCAAUGUCAUUUUAAUAUAUUUUCUCCCAAAUUUUUCCUUUAAUUUUUUUAGGUUAGCAUACAAAAACGGGUUUUAUUACAACAUUUUCAUACAGAUGUUUUAUUAUAUCUUGUUCUCAUUUAUUACCCAGCACCUUUCCCUGUGCUCUCUACUCUACUUUCUUUGUUGAUUAUUUGAAACAUAUUUGCAAAAUCUAAAUAUGAACAUGCACACAUGUGCGUGCACACACACACACACACACACAUGCGCACACACACACAAAGACGGAGACAUAGGAAAUAAAUCAACAUUCCCAAGGAUAGGAAUAAUAUAAAAAUCAAGUUAUUUACCAAUAUACCAAGUAUGUCAGUAGAUGAUAGAGACAACUGUAAUUUCAUAAAGCACCAUUUAAAAAACCAUCUUUUUAAUAGUAGUGUGAUUUUUGUCAAUUCUAUCAUGAAACUGUGAGUGGAAAGACUGAUAACAGUUGCUAUGUGUUUCAUCAAAUUUUAGAGUAUUUCCAGCCUUUAUUGAAAGAUCACAAAGACAGUACAGAAUGGCCUCAUGUGCUCUACCCCUGUGACAGCCAUUAGUCACAGUUAAAGAGUAGUGUUGACUCAUUGAGUCUGUAUUCCACUCCAAUACCAGAUGCUUUACCCAAUGUCUUCUCUCUGCUCCUACAUCUGGUAACAACGUGACCAUUUGUUGUUACCUCUCCCGUGGCUCCUUUCAGCUGUGACUUUCUAGAAGUGUUCUUGUAUCCUUCAUAACCUUGACAAUUUUGAGAGGAAGCAGACAUCUAUUGUGCAGAGCAUCACUCUGCUGGGAUUUGUCUAGGUGUUUGUGUGUGUGUGUGUGUGUGUGUGUGUGUGUUUAGAUAGGAGUUUUUGUUUUCUAGAAGGAAUAGUGUUAUUCUUGUCUUGUUAUUGUAAAGAUUUAUUUUGAUUUUAUGUGUAUGAGUGUUUUGUCCACAUGUACAUAUGUGACCAUAUGUGUGCAGCACCUCAGAGGCCAAAAGAGUCCCCAGGAAUGGGAGCUACAGAUGGUUUUGAGUCCCCCCCUCUUCCCUGCCGCCAUGUGUGUGCUGGGAACUGAACCCCGGGUCCUCUGCAAGAGCAGCAAGUGCUCUUAACUGCUGAGCCACCUGUCCAUCCCUGAAUAGCGCCAAGUUUUUUACAGGACAUCAAAGGCACAUGCCAGCAGGCUAACGACUCUUGCUUUGGGCUCUUCUUUGUUGUUGUUGUUGUUUACCUAUCACCUGGUUGAAGCAUCCUGUUCUGAGUAGCCUCUCUGCUGUUGAGUAAUACACACGCACAAGAGGGUGUCUUGGAGGAAACAGCCUGUUUACACUGGGCAAGAAAAACAAACAAAAGCAAUUCUGGCAGAUUUCUUAGCACAAAAUACUAGGCUCUUUUAAAAGAUUACUACCAAAUACUAUAACGAACAUGCAGUGAGUGAGGAAGUGACAUGGAUCAAAUUCCAAACCAGUGUUAGCUUGAAUAUUCACUUAAAAGCGUAACCGAUUCCCCUCUCCCUGACACACCCUGUGUACUUACCUAGAUCCUGCGCACAUGCUGGAUUUGAAGAUUUUAGUCUCAUUAAUUGUAGCAAGUGGUUAUUUAUUACUCGUGUUUAAUGCUUUCCUGUGUACCAUCCACUGAGCAAUGUAUGCUACGCUGAAGUGGUGUGGAAGACUUGAUGUUGCCCCUCUAGCUUUAGCCUGUUCGUCACGGUGUUUCUUGUGUCUGACUUUAAAGUGUUCUCAAAAUACUAAAAAGUAUUUUCAUGAAUUUGAUUCUGUGAAACUUAUCGUCUUGAACAUGUACAAUUUCCUACUUCCAUGCUCAUUCUAUUUAGUAAUCUAUUUCCAUAUUUUGUAUUCUACCAAUAUAUUUAUUAGUGGACCAGGAAAAGUUUCUGGGUACAUGAAUGCAAGAGUAACCAUGCUUGGCUAUUUCAUAAUACUGAAGUAACUGUGGGUACUCAUAACUGAAUAGAUAAUCCAGAUUCUUUUCUUGCAGUUUGUUUUUCUGCAUUUUUAUUCCAUUGAAUAGAUUUUAUCAUUUACCUAUGUACAAUAAUAGACUUCCUGGAAGUGCUACAAUUUUUACCAUGUAAUAGAUUUGAGCAUGACAAUAAUGUAAGAAAACUCAGAAGUCUCUAAGUGUAUCUGAGUUUUCAAAGUAAAUCAAAUAACAGGUGUUUUCAUUUAACUAUAUUGUGGAGAUUUAUGGAUAUUAUUAUAAAAUGCAUAUGCAUUACACUGAUUUUCUUAAAAUGUUUUGAAUUAAUAAAGAAUUCUCCAUGUAUCCUUA